CCUCCCUUCCACACUUCCCUCUUUCCUUCCACGCUGCCUUUUAGGGGUUUCACUUUCCUCUUCUUCUCUCUCUCGCCUUCCCCGAAAAUAUUCUCGAUCGCUCCAAGAUGGAUCCACCAUCUUCUCCCGGUUCUUCCGAUCUCUUCUUCUAGUAAUCACCUCGUCUAUAUUCUCCAGUUGAUAUCUUGGAGUUGUCACCUUCUUUAGUUUUUUUUCAUGAUGGAGGAUACUCGCUCCGUUGCUUCCCUCAUGGACUCUACAUCGUCCAAGAUCCAGCAGCUUCAGAAGGCCUUCGCCGAACUCGAAAGCCAGAGCGCCGUAACGCUUAAUCUAAAGUGGAAGGAACUCGAGGAGCAUUUCCACGGGCUCGAGAGGUCCUUGAAGAGACGCUUCCACGAGCUCGAAGAUCAAGAAAAAGAAUACGAAACCAAAACAAGGAAAGCACAAGAGCUACUCGAAAAAAAGAAAGCUGCAGUUGAGGCCAAGGAGAAGGCGUCUCUAGAGAGGCUUCAGAAGAAGAGAGACUCCGCUGUGUUCGCUAUCAACAGUGCCUUGGAUAAGUAUAAUAACGCUCCCAUUGCUGAUGGUAGUAUUACUGAUGGUACUGUGCAAGAAGAUGCUGAGAUCUCGCCUCAGGUGAAAGCUUAUCCGGAGUUACUGAAACUGUGCAAGGAUAUGGACUCGACGGGGCUCCAUAAGUUUGUAUCAGAUAACCGCAAGAACCUUGCGUCGCUAAAGGAAGAGAUUCCUCUAGCGUUCAAGGCUGCAGCCAACCCAGCCACUCUAGUGUUGGACUCUUUGGAAGGCUUUUACCCUAUUGAGUCUUCACCACCACCCUCUGAUGGGAAGAAGGACGCUAACCUCUUGGGAACGCGCAGGACAUGCGUCAUGCUGAUGGAGUGCCUUAGCAUACUGUUGUCUCGUCUCGACCGCAGCUCCCUCGCUGGUGUUCUCUCGGAGAAUGUUAAGCGUAGAGCGAAAGCUAUUGCAGGAGGAUGGAAUCCGCUGCUGGAAGGUCUCGACAUGGAUGCUUGCAAUGGUAACUCUUUGGAGGCCCAUGCGUUCCUGCAACUGCUGGCUAGUUUUGCUGUUGUUAAGGACUUUAAAGAGGAUGAACUCUUGAAGCUGAUCCCAAUGGUUUCGCGUCGUCGCCAGGCUGCUGAGCUUUGCCGUUCUCUUGGACUCUCAGAAAAAAUGCCUGGUGUGAUUGAAGUUCUCCUGAACAGUGGAAGGCACAUUGAUGCAGUUAACUUGGCGUUUGCAUUUGGACUCACAGAACAGUUCCCACCUGUUGAGUUACUUAAAUCUUACUUGACUGAGGCAAAGAGAUCUUCCUCUCAAGGGAGACCUGACAAUACAUCACCUGCUGUUCAGGAUGAGUUCAAUGAGAGGGAGCUUACAGGUCUUAAAGCUGUGGUAAAGUGUGUCGAAGUGCAUAACCUGGAAGAGCAUUACCCAGUUGAGCCACUUGAGAAGCGGAUUCUGGAGCUGGAGAAGGCCAAAGCUGAGAAAAAGAAAGCGACAGAACCCGCAAAGCCUCAGACGAAACGACCACGUGGUGCUCAACCCCGAGUCACUGACAACAACAACAACAACAACAAGACAGGAUAUGGUAGAGUCAUCAUCCCUGAGAGGUAUCCGCGGUAUGUGUAUGACAAUAGACCUUUCCUUACCGGUCCAAUCAUGGCAGCACAAGCUCAUCCGCCUCUUCCUCCUCCUCAGACUUACACUUUCAGUCCUGCUGCUGCUGCUCACGGGAACUUCUACGGGAACUGCUAUCAGUACCAGGCUCCUCCUCCUCCUUACUUCCACUAAGGUGAUGAUGAAUGUGACUGUGACUCUCUCUUCUAUGGUGUUAACUUGUGGCAGCUCUUUAACCCCUUCCUCUCCUACUAGCUGUUUUUUCCUUUGUUGUUGUGUUGUGUACGGAUGAUUUUAAUAUUUUCUAAGGAUCAACCCUACUCAAAACAAAACAAAAAUUUACUCAGAAUUUUCUAUUAAUUAUAUACAUUUGUUGUAUUGCUUUCU